AUCGUCAUCGCUCACUUCCGUUUACACUUGGCUUAAGCAGCGAGAAAUGUAUGGCGACUCGGCGGUUACGGCUAUGAGGACGGCGGAGAUGAAUCAGAAUUACGGUAAGAGUAAUUCGAAGGACGUUGAUGCAACAACAGAUUUCGAGUCGAAGAUUCUGGAAGCUAUGCGGUCUCGUGUAACCUACCUCAGAAACAAAGCAGACUCCUUCACAUUCGUGAGUGUUCGGAGAAUGCUAGAGGAAUACAUGGGAUUGGAGAUGUUUGCUCUGGAUGAUCAUAAGACCUUUGUUAAAGUGAAUUUGGUUAAGUGCUUAGAAGAACCUGGUAAUGGUGAUGCUUCCGAGAAUUUUCAAGAAACUGAGAGGAACCUGUCUGAAGAGAACGGGGAAAAGAAUGAUGUAAGGGACGAUACUGGUGUUUAUGAGGAAAUGGAAGGCUCCGCUGAGAGGGGACUUAUGACUGGAGAGAACAAACCCAAUAGGGUGGCUAAAGAUAUGAAGAGUGAUAUAAGGAGAGUCCUACGAGAAAGAACUUCGUAUAUUAAGGCUAAUGUAGAGAAAAUUACAAUGGGUUCACUUCGUCGACUUUUAGAGGAAGAUCUUAAAUUAGAGAAACUGUCUCUUGAUCCCUUCAAGAAGUUCAUUAACAGCGAAUUGGAUGAGGUACUAGCAAUUCCUGCUGCUCCUAAACGUUCGACUGAGUCUUCUGGAAAAGAUCUAAGGGAAAAUGUGAAGAGAACACAAUCUGAGGAGGUAAGUAGUGAAGAAAAUUUUGAUUCAGAUGCUGAGACUGAGAGUGAGGGUGAUGUGGAGAGCGAGGGUGAUGCUGAGACUGAGAGCGAGGAAGUAGCUGUAAAGAAGACAAUGCCCCGAAAAAGAAGAUUAUCUAAACCAGAGAUGAUGGGAAAACGAAAAAGUGAAAAUGGCAAACAUGUAUCUGGGAGAAAGAGGGCAAAACAUACAGAAACGGAUUCAGAGACUGAGAGUGAUGCUGGAGAUAGUGAAAAACCUUUUAAGCAGACAAAGGAGAUUGCAACUACUGUUUACGGAAAGCGUGUUGAGCAUCUUAAAUCAGUCAUCAAAUCUUGUGGGAUGAGAGUUCCUCCUAGCAUUUACAAGAAAGCCAAGCAGGCUCCUGAAGAGAAACGUGAGGCUACUCUAAUAAAAGAACUUGAGCAGAUACUUGCCAAAGAGGGGCUGUCUUCAGAUCCUUCAGAGAAAGAGAUCAAAGAAGUAAAAAAUAGGAAAACUAUAUCAAAAGAGCUUGAGGGUCUCGAUACAAGCAACAUCGUAUCAAGUUCAAGGAGAAGAUCUACCACAAGUUUUGCACCUCCUCCCAAGCCAAAAUUUACAGUGGAUAGUGACAGUGAGACUGAGAGUGAUGAACCAGAAGAUGCUGAGGGUAGCGAAGAAGAAGAGGAAGGUAAUGAAGAAACUGAAGGAAGCCAAAGCGAAGAAGAAGAAGAAGAAGAAGAUUCAAACAACGGGUAUGAUGGUGGAGAAGAAAGCGAAUGAUUUAACGAUUAUCUCGACUCAGUGUCUUACAGUAAGGGAUCUUUAAUCAACUGUAACUUGGGUUUGUUUGUAUCUGUGAAUGACAUUUUGUUCCUUUAACCUUUAACCAUUAGUAUGACUCUGUGAAAUGGAUUUUUGGAGACGAAUUGGAUAUAAAGGAUAACUAAAGAUUAAGAUGAA